AUCCUCCUACUAAAAUCUCUUCCAACCCUCCAAACCCUCCCUUCUCUCACUCUGCAUCUCCUCUCCUUGUCUUCGGUCGGAAGAAAGAGGAAGCGGAGACGAUGCCCCAAACCGCUCCCAAGCCCUCACCCCCGCAGCAACGCGUCAGCGGCCGGCCGGAGGGCUGCGGCGGCGCCACCCCCCUGCGGUGCACCGCCCACGACGUCCCGGACUCGGUGGCGCGGCACCACGAGCACUCGGUGAGCCCCCACCAGUGCUGCUCGGCGGUGGUACAGGCCAUCGCCGCCCCAGUCGCCACCGUCUGGUCGGUGGUCCGCCGCUUCGACCAGCCGCAGGUCUACAAGCGCUUCGUCAAGAGCUGCAACGUCCUCGACGGCGACGGCGACGUCGGCACCCUCCGGGAGGUCCGCGUCAUCUCCGGCCUCCCGGCGGUCACCAGCCGCGAGCGCCUCGAGAUCCUCGACGACGAGCGCCACGUCCUCAGCUUCCGUGUGGUGGGCGGCGAGCACCGCCUCAACAACUACCGUUCCGUCACCACUCUCCACCCUGCGCCAACGCCGCCCUCCGCCUCCCCCGCCGAGGAGCACACGGUGGUCGUCGAGUCCUACGUCGUCGACAUCCCCGCCGGCAACACGAGGGACGACACGCGCGUCUUCGUCGACACCAUCGUGCGGCUCAACCUCCGGUCGCUGGCCCGGACCGCCGAGAACCUGGCCAAAAGCGGAGGGGCACCGGCGUAAUUAUCUCCGAACCUCGAUGUCGUUUUCUUCUUCCCUGGUUUCCACGACCCCGUACCCACUUGGAAGCAGGCGACGUAGAUGGCUGGAAAACGCGUGUUGCUGAGCUCAUCGGAAGUAGCCUCUUCUCAGCCAUCUUUUCUUUUUCUUUCUUCUUGUUUUAUAGUGAUACAAAUCCCAUUGUGGAUAAUCUCUAGUUCGUAAUUUAGCUUGUUCAUACCCCUAUAAAUUUCUAUAUUACGUUAUUUCCACUUAUAUAGGAGUAGUUUACGAAGUUUUUGUUCCUUCUUUAUU